CCCAUAAAGUUCUGUCAGACAGUCAAAUCAGCAGCAACAAAAAUGUCGAAGUGCUCCAAGAAAAUCCAUUUUCCGUGCCUUGAGCCACAAAUCUCACUUGACUCCAGCGAUGAAGACUUGACGAAAGUACGCGAGGAUCACCUGAGUGAAUCUGACUCAGAACUGGAGCAGGAAGCCCAGAUAAUUCCUGUGACAGUGGGGGAAAUCAAAGAGAUGCAGAGACGGCUGCAAGAUUCAUUGGAAGAACAAGAGCUGCUAAGGAAGAAGGUUGCAGAUAGUGAGAUACACAUAGAAGCACUGAAACGGGAAUUGAGAAAAGAACACCAAAGACCUCAAAGAAAGGUUGAAGAUAUGUCACCUGAGUCAUCUCACAUUCCACCACCUCCGAAGGACAAUGACUCUGUGUGGAACACUUAUUGGAAAAAGUUGUCCCAUCAAUUUGAAAAUUACUUUGGAGAUGUAUUCGUCCAGCCAGAGGAACCAAUUGCAAAGAAAGAGGACAAACUGAGUCCCAAGAAGUUAGAAGAGAACAUGAAACGGGCGGAACGAGAUGCCAUUCCGCUACAAAAUCUUUGCAAUAAUCUUGACGCCCUGUGCAAUUGGAACUCUCGACACCUGUCUCUAUUUUGGUUUGUCACAUACCUCUACACAGCGUGGCAUGGCUGGACCAUCCCCAUGUUGCUGCUGCUAUUAAUUCUCCGCCUUUCUUUGAAUUAUCUAAUUACAAAAGGCUGGAAGAUUAACUGGAACAUCGUCCCGGAGCUGACUGAGCCGCUGGGACUACCAAAGGCACACCCGUCAUGGAGAGAGAAGCUCCAUCAGGUUCAUGAUGUUCUUCAUCAAACCCAGAACCUGUUUGGACUGAUAGCCGACUCCCUCGAGAAGGGAAAAAAUCUGUUGAUGUGGGUCAAGCCAGACACGACGAUGAAGUUCUACAUUUUACUCUGGGUGUUCUUCUUCUUUUCGUGCUUUUUACCAUAUCAGAUGAUGGGAUCAAUCUUAGUUUUUUCUGCCGGCCUAAAGUUCUUCAUCGUUGACUCCAUCUUUAACACUUACCCCAACCUAAAGAAGCGAUACGACACCUUCGCAGUUUUCUGGGAAAGGUUACCCGUCGACUCACAGCUGAAAGAUCACAAAGACGACAAGCGCCACAGCCUGUUUGCUGCAACAAGGGCUCGACUGAGCAGCUUCACUGCUGCUCAUUUCAGAAACGUUGGCAGCCCGUUCCAUUUCCUGAAAAAGAAAAAACCAUUUCAUGAAAUGUUUAACAUCCCAGAGACAGAGCAACCUCUGCCAGAGUUUAAGACCGGCUGGCAUUGCUAUAUGAUGAAUAGAGACAGGAAUAUAACAUCAAAAGAAUUCGGCGGGUAUGGAGUUCUCUAUGUCACAGAGAAUUAUUUGUGUUUUAAGAACUCCAUAACUAAGUUCAAAACAGCUGUAAAAUUGAAGGACAUCACAGAAUUCAAGAGGUAUAAACUUAUACCAGGACUGCCCGGCUCAGGUAGGGGGAUGUCAAUUGCAACGGCAACCACCAAGAAGCCACUCUUGUUUACUGCAAUGAUACACAGCAAACGGGCGUAUCAAGCCAUCUUCACCCAGAUGAGAAAGGUGUUUGAACAGGCAGCUCUGCAGUGUGCAAAUAUAGAGUGACUUGCACUCUGGUGCUGCAGCUACUUGGGAGGAGCACCAGGAGGCGACGACUCGGGAGGAGCAACAGGAGGCGACGAGGGAACACUGGGACGACUAAGAGGCGACGACUCGGGAGGAGGCGACGACUCGGGAGGAGCAACAGGAGGCGACGACUCGGGAGGAGCAACAGGAGGCGACGAGGGAACACUGGGACGACUAAGAGGCGACGACUCGGGAGGAGCAACAGGAGGCGACGACUCGGGAGGAGCAACAGGAGGCGACGAGGGAACACUGGGACGACCAGGAGGCGACGACGCGGGAGGAGCACCAGGAGGCGACGACUCGGGAGGAGCACCAGGAGGCGACGACGCGGGAGGAGCACCAGGAGGCGACGACUCAGGAGGAGCAACAGGAGGCGACGAGGGAACACUGGGACGACUAGGAGGCGACGAGUCAGGAGGACUCGUCGCCCU